AUCAUCAUCAGGCUAAUAAAUAUCUAACUAAUAGAAAUAUGGCUCCCGUCCCCCCAUUGAAAGACGAUGUGUUGGACUUGAUCGGUAACACCCCGUUGAUUAAGUUGAACAAAAUCCCCCAAAGUUUGGGCAUCAAGGCCAAGGUCUAUGCCAAAGUUGAGUUGUUCAAUGCCGGUGGUUCUAUCAAAGACAGAAUCGCCAAAAACAUGGUUUUAGAAGCUGAAAAAUCGGGCAGAAUCAAACCCGGUUACACAUUGAUCGAACCUACUUCAGGAAACACCGGUAUUGGUUUGGCUUUGGUUGGUGCUGUUAAAGGAUACAGAACCAUCAUCACCUUGCCUGAGAAGAUGUCCAAUGAGAAAGUAUCAGUUUUGAAAGCCUUGGGGGCCGAAAUCAUUAGAACCCCCACCGAAGCUGCCUGGGAUGCUCCUGAGUCCCACAUUGGUGUUGCCAGAAAGUUGGAGAAAGAGAUCCCCAAUGCCGUCAUUCUUGAUCAAUACUCUAACAAAGCCAAUCCCAAUGCCCAUUACUAUGGAACUGGGUUUGAGAUUUGGGAGCAAACUGAAGGUAAGGUCACCCACUUGGUGGCUGGUGCUGGUACUGGUGGUACUAUCACCGGUAUCUCUCAGUACUUGAAGGAGAAAAACCCCAAUGUCAAGGUAAUUGGAGCUGAUCCAAAAGGGUCUAUUUUGGCAGUUCCUGAGUCUCUCAACACUUCUACUGAAUCCUAUAUGGUUGAAGGUAUCGGAUAUGAUUUCAUUCCAGACGUGUUGGACAGAAAGUGGGUGGACAACUGGAUCAAGACUGAUGAUGCCGAUUCGUUCAAAUUGGCCAGAAGAAUCAUCAGAGAAGAAGGCAUUUUGGUAGGAGGUUCCUCUGGGUCGGCUUUGCAGGCAGCCUUGGAAGUCGCUAAAGACUUGACCGAAGACGAUACGGUUGUGGUGGUGUUCCCGGACUCCAUUAGAUCCUACUUGUCCAAGUUCGCUGAUGACGAAUGGAUGAAGACCAAUGGGUUUGAGGUGGAAGAAGCUAACGCUGGGGCCAACGAACAAGAUAAGUUCAUGGCUUCCAAAACUAUCGGGGAUUUGACCAAAGGAAAGGCUCCUGUUGUGACUGUGACUUUGGCUGAUACAAUUGGAAAGACCUUUGAGUUAUUACAACAGAAUGGUUUCGACCAAUUGCCGGUGUUGAACGUUUCUGGACAAUUGGUGGGUUUGGUGACUUUGUCUUCUAUAUUGAAGGCACUUUCUUCCAAGAAGGUUCAGAUGACCAAUUCGAUCAGACCGGUGAUAAUUGAUUUCAGAAAGUUGGCUGACUUUGAAAAGUCCUUCACUAUCACAAAAGAAUCGGGCUACUCCAAGAGAAAGUAUGAACCAAUUACUUUAGACACAUCUUUAGCUUUGCUUAACAAAUUCUUUGAAACAAACUCCAACGCUAUUAUCACUGAUGACGAGUACAAGCCCAUCCAAAUUGUCACUAAAGUUGAUUUGAUUUCGUUUUUGGCCAAGAACACCACCUAUGUAUAACGUGGUUAUAAUUGUUUGUUCCAUACUCUAUUGACAGAAACUAAUUAGGCUAUAUAAAUACAUGGAUGUUUCUCCUUGGGGUCUAUUCUACAACUGUAAUCUCUCGUGUCUAAGAGAACUUCCAUCUGUUACCACAAUUCUCACAGGUACAGAAUGUUGUCAACGGCUCAUCAGCAGAUCUGGUUUGCAUCUGAUAAUAACUAACCUUCUUGUGUUUACAUUUGCCGCAAGUGAACCUGUCAGUGACUGCUCUCUUUUCGGUUGCUCCUUGGGCAUCAAAAAGAUUCUGUUUAUGUAAUUUUUCGAUUUCUUUCUUCAAGGUUUCAGGUGCCAUUUCAUUAGGACUCAUCUUCACAAAUUUUCCAGGAGUUAUCUGUCCAGAAAGAAUCCUGUCCCUUAAUUCGGGGUUCUUCUUAUUCCUGAGAUUCAUUACAAACGUUCUUAAUUUGUUUCUGUAACCAUCUGCAACUUUCAGGUAUUCAUCCUUGAACACCUCCGCUUCGAUACUCUUUGCCACAGACAAUAUCUGCUGACUAGAAUCACCCCGUUCAAUGGCCAAUGCCGUAUACAAUGCACUGAUAGAAGCAUUUCUGGUGGAAUCGUCAUAAAUAUCAGUACUAAUACCAUCUAUCUUGGGGUUUCUAGGUCCACUGUGAAACUUGUUCUCCUUACUUGGAGUUGAUGAGCCUGAAGUGGCAGCUUUUACAUCAGAAGUGGGUCCUUUCUUCUUGUUCUUCUCUGCUUGGACCAUAUCUCUCCAAUUUCUAAUCAUCUUCUUGACAAUGGAACUGAUUUCUGAAUUCGUACUGGACCUGUACUUGUUCACAGCGACACCGACUUUGGUUUCUCUCAAUAACUUUUCGGUUGGUUUGACUCCAUCACUAAGGAUAUUCAACAAUUUCAAUAUCAUUACAUCGUCCGAAGACUUCUCCAAGUUCGACACAAUCGAUUUUAUCUCUUUCGCUUCCAUGGUGAUGAAACUCAAAUUUAUCCGGAGAAGAAACAGUUUUCUUUGAUGUC